UUACUUAUAUUAGCCGCUAUAAAAAUAUUUAGUUCCAAUUUUAAUGAAAUAUCACGUAGCGAGUAUAAGCACCAAUGUACAUUAUUAAAAUAAUUUUUGUAUUUGGUAUAUUUAUAAUACUGUAUUGCAGUGCAUUAAGAAUGUCUACAUCAGAAUAUUAUGAGUAUUAUAAUGACUUGCAAGAAAGAGUGAAAAAUAAACAAUUAGCACAAUUAAUGAAUGGACAGUUGAUGGAUAAUUUACCAAACAUUAAUUUAUUUGUGAAUAAUCAUCAUGACAGUAAUUUAACAAAAUGUACUUCUACAAAUGCAUUGUUUUUACGAGACGUACCGGACAAUUUAACAGAAGCUGAUAUUGAUACUAAUAACCAUUCAUAUGACAGCCAGUGUCAAAAAGUUUGUAAAUCAGGCUCAGCAAGAGCUUUGGUUAUCACUGAUAUAGAAAAGCAGGAGGUUUAUAUGAAUAAUACUAGGUUAAACCCAGGUAUUUGGUGUGUUGCUGAUAGACUUCAAUGUAAUUUAAGAACUACUUAUGCUGUAAUAACUGCUAGUGGGGAUAUUGUUUGUCGUUCAAAAUUUCCUGAAUUAUUUGGAGGUCCAACUGGUGAUAAAGUCAUCGCUUGUAAUAAUUAUCAAUAUUAUAAUCGUAACAAUAAAUUAAUUGACAAUAGGACAGGCCAACCAGUUGACCCAAAAACCGUGUCUCUAUAUGAUAAAAAUGAAUCAAUAUAUGAUCGGUUUACUUGUGUAUUUGGAACUGAUGAUUAUGGUAAUCAAUAUAUUGAACAUCCAUUGAAUAAAUUUCAUCCUUUUAGAAAUCCAUGUACUAUUAAAUUGACUGAUACUGGCUCUAAAGCACCAGAUAUGUUUAAUCGUGAAACUGCCGAAUGCGAUUGCUCUAAGUUGGGUUCUAUUGAGUUGAAAAAUGCACUGGCUGAUAACAAACGUUCUACUUGCACAGGAUGUAGGAAUGAAUUCCAAGCAGAUGUGAAAAUGUUACAAAUUGAAUCAGAGUGUUUUAAUAUUAAUGACCCAGCAGUUGAUGCGAGACACAAGUUGCCAUGUUCUCCAGACAAGUUUAACUUAAAUUCUGUGAGAUGUAAUCUUAUUAAAUUGGGUAUGCAACCUGUGGAAAAACUUGCCCAUAAUAAAUUGAUGAUUGAAUUUGAAGGACAAAUUAGAGUCGAUGCUUAGUAUAAAUAGAUCAAAACUUGCAAUAUUGUUUGAUAUUCAUUGAAAGUAAUUGAAUCAAUUUUACUUAGCACAAAAAUAUUUUUUCAAGUUGGUUUUAUGGAGAAAAAAAUUCUAAACUAAUUGUUAUUCUUCAUAAAAAAAUAAACUGUAGAGCUUUUUCACUCAAGCUGUCUCUACACUUUCCUACUGUUCUUUAAAAUCUUGAACUUGACUCAUAUUUACACUCAGGUCAUUGACCCAUCAGCUGUUCAUCAUUUCUAUUCAUUUGAGAUCAGCCCUAUUCAAGUGUCUAAGUGUUUAAAGAUUUGAUGGUAAUGAAAGCUGUUCUAUAAAAGAUAAAAACUCAAUAUCCAGCGAAAAUUAUUUUGUCACAUCAAACAUUUAUAAACUUU